AUGAAAUGGGUUAAUAUCAGCAUUCCCCUUAUCAAAAUAGAGCUAUGCCGUAAUUUAUUGCUUCAUUAACUAAAAGCAUAUAGAAGUAAUCACCCUUUACAAGAAUAAGCGACAAUGUAUGAUCCUAAUCUCUAUGAGUAAUAGCAAUACUCACAUGGCUACUACCAAGAAGGGCAAUACAAUAUGAAUGCAUUUUAAAACUAAAACUAUGGAAUAGAAGGGAACUACCCUAAAGAAGUGCCUCCUGAGGUUUAGGUCGAAAUUAUGAAACAAUAGGAGGAGGAUAAAAAGAAAAAGGCCAAGCUUUGUCUUAAUUUUUUACCAGGAUUCAAGGGCAAAACUAACAAAUAAUAGUUCAUUAUCAAAGUCUACUCACUCCUGUUUAUUAUGCUUGGUAUUACCUUCGGGUUCGUACUUAUUACCAUGCUAACACCUAUACCAUUAAACUAUAUUUGCCUGUUUCUGUACACAAUAUUCACAACCUACUUUGUAGCAGCAAUUUGCGCUUUCAUUGAUGCAUAAAUAGUAUUAAUUGCUGCAAUUCUUACUAUGACUAUUUUCUUUGCAUUGACUUUCUUAACAUUCUUUAUGAUAUCAUCAAACAAAAAAUAUGGAUUGACCUAUGAUGAUUAUGUGAUUGGAGCUUUGCUUCUUUACAGUGUAAUUUAUAAAUAUUAGAAGUUUAUUGAUUGCUAGGAUGUUAUAACAUUGUUUCUCUGGGUUAUAGCAAUAUUAGGUGCAUCAAAGUCUGCAAGCAGUUCUUGA